GCUAACUCAGCCGAGUGGACCGAGCAAAACACACACACUACGCAUGCACUGACUCAGUGACUCGCUCACUCGCUUAUAAAAAUUAUUUAAAUUAAAAUCUCCACUUGCUUCUUCAACACAUCAUCGUCUUCUUCGACGGUUUCUAGAGAGAGAAAGUCUUCUUGAGAGAGAAAGUCCUGUUCAGUUCGCGAAGUGAGAGAGGAAAACUAAUGGCCGGUGUUAAUCCGAACGGCGUUGCUGAUUUUCCGGCGGUUCAGACUCACGGUGGACAGUUCAUUCAGUACAACGUGUUCGGUAACCUCUUCGAGGUUACGGCCAAGUAUCACCCUCCGAUCAUGCCUAUUGGUCGUGGCGCCUAUGGAAUCGUUUGUUCGGUGUUGAAUACGGAGACGAAUGAGAUGGUGGCUGUUAAGAAGAUAGCGAACGCUUUCGACAAUCAUAUGGACGCUAAGCGUACGCUCCGUGAGAUUAAGCUGCUUAGGCAUUUGGAUCAUGAAAAUGUGAUUGGUUUAAGAGAUGUUAUUCCCCCACCCUUGCGUAGAGAGUUUAAUGAUGUCUACAUAGCCAUGGAACUCAUGGAUACUGAUCUUCACCAUAUCAUUCGCUCCAAUCAAAAUCUUUCAGAGGAACACUGCCAGUACUUCUUGUAUCAGAUUCUUCGUGGACUAAAGUACAUACAUUCUGCAAACAUAAUCCAUAGAGAUUUGAAACCAAGCAACUUGUUACUGAAUUCAAAUUGCGACUUGAAGAUUAUUGAUUUUGGUCUUGCACGGCCAACUUUAGAAAAUGACUUCAUGACAGAGUAUGUAGUCACAAGAUGGUAUAGGGCUCCCGAAUUGUUAUUGAACUCCUCAGAUUACACCUCUGCGAUAGAUGUGUGGUCUGUUGGUUGCAUCUUUAUGGAGCUUAUGAAUAAAAAGCCUCUGUUUCCGGGCAAAGACCAUGUGCAUCAGAUGCGCCUAUUGACAGAGCUUCUUGGCACUCCAACUGAGGCUGACCUCGGGUUAGUGAAAAAUGAAGAUGCGAGAAGAUAUAUCCGACAACUUCCUCAAUAUCCUCGCCAACCUUUAGCUAGGAUCUUUCCCCAUGUUCAUCCCUUGGCCAUUGAUCUGAUUGAUAAAAUGUUGACAAUUGAUCCCACCAGAAGAAUUACAGUUGAAGAAGCAUUAGCCCACCCAUACCUUGAAAAACUGCAUGAUGUAGCGGAUGAACCAGUCUGCAUGGAGCCAUUCUCAUUUGACUUUGAGCAACAGCAAUUGGACGAAGAGCAAAUAAAAGAGAUGAUCUAUAGGGAGGCAUUAGCACUCAAUCCUGAGUUUGCUUAAAGCAAAGGACGCAAGGAACUUGAAGUUUAGAAGGAAAAGAAAAAAAAGAAUUCAUUUUCAAUUUUUUCAUUACUAAGUUCCCUGCAGCGCAAAUUUACAAGCGGGAAAGGAUCAAGCUGAAUGCGAAUUCAAUCUUGUGGCCAACCAAACUCGCUGGGUAAUCCUGUUCAAUCUGUGUUCCUAGUUAGGUGCAACUACGGAUUUUGAGCUAACGAGUACCCUUCUGUUGUAAAGUGCCAUGUAAUGAUAUUUAUUCCACAUAUUUUUUUAACCCUGUUUUGUUGGUUUUUUUUUUUUUCCUUUUCUUUUGGCCCAUGCCCUGUUUUAUUUGUAUUUUGCUUAGGCUAUUUCCAUUUUAACUUCUUGCUACCAUGAUUACUGCUUUUUUCUGCUAUAUUAUCAUU